AUGUAUAAAUUCUCACCUCGCGCUCUAGGAACUUUGGUCACCGUAUUUUGCUCGUUCACUUCAAUCGUUUCACGCGGACCCUGGUCUAUUGAGCCAAGAGAUCAGAAGAAUAUUACUGGCUUGGGAAUUUCAGGCGGAACCAGUUCGAUCACCAACGAGAGUAGCGCAUCGGCUCAAAACACAUCGUCUGUUUCCAGCAAAAACUCCAGCUCUCAAGUGUCGGCUUCAUCAACUGACCUGACCUCAGCCGAUUCUUCUGGAAACUUGACAAGGGGUGAUGAUGACCUGGACAAUGAUGACUCGACUUCAUUUCCAAACAUCUCAGCUACAAAUUCAUCCAGUCCAAUGAACUCUUCGACUUCGAACAACGCUUCAUCAACUUUGAACAACACCGCUGAUAAAAAUGCUAGUUCUGCAGUGAUGGGGGCAUCAAAUAAUCUAACAUCAGCUAAUUCCUCAAGCAACUUGACAGACAGCCCGUCUUCCUCAAGCAAUAACAGGAAUGUAUCGGGUCUGAAUGCGACUUCCUUUCCAAAGAUCUCAGCUACAAAUUCAUCUAGUCCAAUGAACUCUUCGACUUCGAACAACGCUUCAUCACUCUUGAACAACACAUCUAAUUCCUCUAGCAACUUGACAGACAGCUCACCUUCCUUGUCCAACAAUAGCACUGGGUUAGGUUCAAAUGCCACUUCAUAUCCAAACAUCUCGGCUACAAAUUCAUCAAGUCCGAUGAACUCUUCAAGUUUGAACAACACAGCUAACAAGAAUGCCAGCUCAGAAAAUUCGAUGUUAGAACCAUCAACUAACCUUACCUCAUCUAAUUCCUCUAGCAGCUUGACAGACAGCCCUGCCUCUUUGUCCAACAAUAGUAGUGUGUUGGGAUCAAAUAUGACUUCAAACUCGACCAUUUCGGCCACAAAUACAUCUAGCUCCAUGAACUCUUCAGCUUCUCAAAAUGUAUCAUCGACUUCGAAUAACACAGCGGGAGCUGUCAAAAAUUCUCAAGACGGACGUGUCGAAUCUGCAAGUGGUAAUAGGACCAGUCCUGUUUCGUCAACUGGCGCUAAAACAGGUUCGGAUGCCCAACCCCCCGCAAUCUCCUCCGGCGAAUCCUCGAAACCCAAUGGUUCCUACAGUGCUGUUCAACCUGUGCACAGGAAAGGUCUUGCUCUAGCUCCCUCAAUCUCCUCCGGCGAUUCCUCAAAAACCAAUGGAUCCAGCAGUAUUAUUCAAUCUUCAAACGUGACAUCCAAUUCUCAAAGUUCUUCUUCGAGUAGCACAUCUUCAAAUAAUUCCUCUUCUCAUGACUCAACAUCAGGAAAGAAAGGAAAGGUAAAUUCUGAAGCCGAGAUUUUAGCUAAACAGACUGCUGAAUCUGAAACAUCACAUUCUUGUAAACUCAACUCGCCCAUCAAAGCUGUUCUUGCAAUCAUGUUUGGUAUCCUGGUAAUGGAAAUUUGA